AUGUCGUGGAUAUUUGGAGGUAGCAAGACACCUGAACAAAAGGAAAAAGAAGAUGCAGUUGCAUUGAAAGAGAAACUUGGAUUUGAUCCAUCUCAAGUUGCCGAUGUUGGCACAAUCUUGAACAGUCCUGGUGUAUUAAGUUCGGCCUCUCUACACCCCUUGAGUGGUUUAGAAAAGGGCAUAGAGUAUAUGGAUUUAGAGGAUGAACAAUUAACCACUGUUGAAGGAGCCCAAGGUUUAAUUCCUUCCAGAAAUUGGACAGAUGAUUUGUGUUACGGUACAGGUGCUGUUUAUUUGUUAGGUUUAGGAGUUGGAGGUGCUUAUGGGUUCCAGGAAGGUGUUAGAAACUUACCUCCAAAUGCUACUCCAAAGUUGCAAUUAAAUACUAUUUUGAAUCAUAUCACCAAGAGAGGUCCAUUCUUGGGUAAUUCUGCUGGUGUUUUGGCUUUGACUUAUAACUUGAUUGAUUCCAGCUUAGAUGCAAUUAGAGGUAAGCAUGAUGAUGUUAACUCUGUUGGUGCCGGUGCUUUAGCAGGUGCUUUAUUUAAGAGUUCUGCUGGUCUCAAACCAAUGUUUUACUCGACAGCCAUGAUGGCAGGUGGUGCUGCUGCGUGGUGUGGUAUAAAAGCUGUAUUACAACAACAACAAAAACAACAACUGCAACAACACGAACAACCAUUACAAUAA